CUUUAGCCCCUAAAGCUCGGGAUGAAUUGACCAUUAUACCGUUCUCGCAGGGAAUAUCAAAUUACCAUUAUGCCAUUCAAUGUUAUUCACCGGCGUGAGCUAUGAUCUUACUGAUCGCCGGAGUAAGUUAUUAUGAGCCUCCACACCGCGGAUGCGCUUGGGUUACUCCUCAAGAAUGCAAUCUCCACGAGUUCCUUGCGUUCUGGCCGCGUCGUCCACGCCAGAAUCGUCAAAACACUCGAUUCACCACCUCCUCUGUUUCUCACAAACUACCUCGUCAACAUGUACUCAAAACUCGACCAACCCGAAUCGGCCCGGCUCGUUCUCCAUCUGGAACCUUCUCGAAACGUCGUUUCUUGGACCUCGCUCGUCUCCGGGCUUGUUCAAAACGGUCAUUACUACUCCGCAUUGUUCGAAUUCCUCGAAAUGCGACGAGAAGGUGUUUUCCCAAAUGACUUCACUUUCCCUUGCGUUUUCAAAUCCGCUGCUCUGUUGCGAUUGCCCGUUACUGGGAAGCAGAUUCAUGCACUUGCUGUGAAGUGUGGACGGGUAAUGGAUGUGUUCGUUGGGUGUAGCGCUUUUGAUAUGUACUGUAAAACUAGGCUCAGGGACGAUGCUCGGAAGGUGUUCGAUGAAAUGCCUAAGAGGAACCUUGAAACUUGGAAUGCUUACAUGUCUAACUCUGUGAUUGAUGGAAGGCCAAAGGAAGCUAUUGAAGCCUUUAUAGAGUUUAGAAAGAUUGGUGGACACCCAAAUUCGAUAACUUUCUGUGCUUUCCUCAACGCGUGUUCGGACAAGUUGUUGUUGAGUCUUGGAGAGCAGUUGCACGGGCUCGUGUUCCGUUCUGGGUUCGAUAGAGAUGUGUCUGUGUGCAAUGGUUUGAUCGAUUUCUACGGAAAGUGUAAGAAGGUUCGCUGCAGUGAGUUUGUAUUCGGUGAAAUGGGUGAGAGAAAUGUUGUUUCUUGGUGUUCGUUGGUGGCUGCGUUUGUGCAGAAUCACGAGGAUGAGAAGGCGUCUCUGUUGUAUCUACGAUCAAGGAAGGACAUUGUCGAGACCUCUGAGUUUAUGAUCUCGAGCACUCUGAGUGCGUGUGCUGGUAUGGCAGGUCUUGAGCUGGGAAGAUCGGUACAUGCUCACGCCGUGAAGGCUUGCAUUGAAAGGAGUCUCUUUGUUGGAAGUGCACUCGUUGACAUGUAUGGAAAAUGCGGAUGCAUAGAAGAUUCAGAACAAGCGUUCGAUGAGAUGCCUGAAAAGAAUUUAGUAACGUUAAAUUCACUCAUCGGAGGAUAUGCUCAUCAGGGCCAGGUUGAUAUGGCAUUAGCGUUAUUUGAAGAAAUGGCACCUCUGACUCCAAAUUACAUGACGUUUGUGUCGUUGCUCUCUGCUUGUAGUAGAGCAGGGAAUGUGGAAAACGGUAUGAAGAUAUUUGAUUCGAUGAAGAGUAGCUAUGGAGUUGAGCCAGGUGCUGAGCAUUAUUCCUGCGUCGUGGACAUGCUAGGUCGAGCCGGGAUGGUGGAAAGAGCUUAUGAGUUCAUAAAGAAAAUGCCGAUUAAACCAACAAUCUCGGUUUGGGGUGCUUUGCAGAAUGCUUGUAGGAUGCAUAGUAAGCCAGACUUGGGAAUAAUAGCAGCUGAGAACCUUUUUAAACUUGACCCUAAAGACUCAGGAAACCACGUUCUUCUCUCUAAUACACUUGUAGCAGCUGGGAGGUGGGUAGAAGCAAACACCGUGAGAGAGGAGAUGAAAGGCGUAGGGAUCAAGAAAGGAACAGGGUACAGUUGGAUCACGGUGAAGAACCAAGUCCACACCUUUCAAGCUAAGGACAGAUCCCAUAAGAUGAGCAAAGAGAUUCAGAGAACGUUGAGCAAGCUAAAGAAUGAAAUGGAGGCUGCAGGGUACAAGCCGGACCUGAAACUCUCGCUUUACGAUGUGGAGGAAGAGGAGAAAGCAGCGGAAGUCGCGCACCACAGCGAGAAACUGGCUUUAGCGUUUGGCUUGGUGGCUUUACCACUCGGUGUUCCCAUUAGGAUCACUAAGAACCUUAGGAUCUGUGAAGAUUGUCACAGCUUUUUCAAGUUUGUCUCUGGGAGUGUGAAGAGAGAGAUCAUUGUGAGAGACAAUAACCGGUUUCAUCGGUUCUUGGAUGGGUUCUGUUCUUGUAAAGAUUAUUGGUAA